AUGAGCCAGCAGCCAAAGGAAGAGGCGGCACCCGGCGAUGCGUCGUCAUCUCCACCACUUGAUUUUUCGGGCAUAGAUUUUUCCAAGCCGGAAGCAUGCUUGGACCUCAAGGAGGAGCACGACCAGUGCUUCCACGUAUGGCUGGCCAAGUUCGUCAAGGGAGAGGCCCAGACCGACGAGUGCAAGCCCUCCUGGGAGCGCUACCGAGCUUGCACCGCCGAGAAGCUGAAGCACCACGGGCUGUCGCACUUGCAAGACCAGUGGAAGAAGCCCGACUGGGCAGACCUCGACACCAUCCGAAGGAAGAAAGAUUAA